AUGGCAGGUCCGUUCAUAUCACCCCUGCACGGAGACCUCCUCACCGAGUACAUGUUCGGCAGGAGAAGGCAGAGGAGAAAUAGGACAACAUUCAGCCCUCAACAACUUCAAGAAUUGGAAUCCCUCUUCCAGAAAACUCACUAUCCUGACGUUUUCCUAAGAGAGGAAGUGGCAUUAAGAAUAAGCUUGUCUGAAGCCCGAGUUCAGGUGUGGUUCCAAAAUCGAAGAGCAAAAUGGAGAAAGCAAGCAAGACUUCAACUUCUUCAGGAUGCCUGGAGGAUACGUUGCCUUGGUUUAACUACUCCACCUCUACUUAUAGGUCGAGGAGCGCAAAACGGACUUCUACCAGAACAUGAUGAAGCAUCGUUACGAUUGGGUACUACACCUCAACUUAAUAAUACUACACCUGAACCACUUAAUUACAGAUUAAAUCUACCAUGCAUUCCUUCAAUACCAGAAAAGCCCCCUACGAGUUUGCAGUCAAGCUAUUCUGUUCAGAGCCUCACUUCUUCAAUCUGUCCCUGUAAUGUUCCACAAAUCCCAAGAUCCAUGACAGAAAAGGAUCAGACCUUGAGCAAAAGCCCAAGAUCUAAUAGUCCACCAACUCCUUCAGAAGGAACCCAAGAUCUCAGCAACACACCAUUAAAUUUUGCUGAUCACAAGUAAUGAAUGCCUGCAUGAGAGCAUCAGUUUUGAACUGAACUAUAUCGUGUGGUAAUGUUACAAAUUGUUGUAAUGUUGACCGAAAGACAAAACUUUUGUAAAUUGGAGUUGACUGAGCAAGUCAAAACAAGUGUAUUUAUAGUCCCUCAAAAAAGUUAUCAUGAUAUUCAUAAAAGUUGUUAAAAAUAUGUAACCAAUGUAUGUUUUAGAAAAAACUAUUAAAUUGUAAUACGUUUAUAAGUUUAGCAUUUAUUUUCAUAUCCUCUUGCAUAAUUAUGUAGUUGAAGAAUGUUCUAAUAAAUUCUGCUAUGAAAAUUUCACAAACCAAUAGCAAAACCAUGUUCUUUCAAUGAAAUUUUAUGAAUUUUCUAUGAAAUUUGUACAACAAUUUAUCUGGAAUCAUAAAAAAAAAAAAAUGUUCAAUAUAAGUAUAUUUUUUGUUAUUCAUGCUAUUUUUGACAUUAAAUGUUUAUAUAUAUAUAUAUUAAACUUUAUAUUAAAAUUUUACUUUAAAUAAUGUAAUGUAAAUAAUGCUAUAUCCCAAUUAUUUUUAUUAUUAUAAUUGUUUUAAUGAGAUAUCUGCUGUAAUUUUUUAAGGAGUAAUUUUAUUAAUUUAAUAUUUAUCCAACAAGAAUGUUUAUUAAAUUCUUCAUUUAUAUUGAACAUUUUUUAUAUAUUAAUAAAAAAAAAAGUUUUUCAUUACUUUUGGCACAAAAUAAUUGUUCUUGUCAUUGAAAGUUUCAAUCUAAGGGUAAGUAACUAAAUUUGUUGAAUGGUCAUCAAUAUACUGUUAAAUGUGAAAAAAUAUUUUUAAAAGUAAAAAUCAUUCCCAUUAAGAAUAAAAGGUAGUUGGUAAUUGUUAACUUAAAAUAUACAUUCUUCAUAUUUUUGCAUACCAUGGUUCAUAUGUUUUAUUGAACAUGAUUCAUCAAUUGAGGCAUUGAUAUGGAAAAUCAUAUAGACCAUUUUAAUCAAAUUAUCAUUGGAGGGGUGACCAUCCCCUCCCAACGUCAACUGUGCAUGAAACUUCUCCCUCCACUCCCCAAGAUAUUUUAUUGCUCUCCUAUUAUAAACAUUAGAAAUAAAAGUACCAUAAAUCAUUUACAAUUACACUUGUUCCAUGUAUUCUCUUAGUCUCCUUAUUUGAAACUUUUCAAUCCAAAAAUUUAUAUCCGUCAAAAUGUACCCCUCUCAAAAAUUGUGAUGGCGCACCAUGCGCCAUGAAACCCCCUUGUGGGCACUCCUGUAUCAUUGGACUAGUAAAAUGAUUUUUAUAAACCAGUAGCAAAAUUUAUAAAAUGAAACUCAAGCAAUAUAGUUAUCAUUUAGCAAUUAAAAAAAUAAAUAAAUUGUGAGUACAUGUUUUUGCCUCAUGUUUUUCCAUAUAAAU